AUGCCGCUCUGUACCUCCCACCCAGCAUCCCAACCCUCAAAGGCUGAACAGCCUCUGUGGGAUGUAGAGAGGGUCUACAACGCUGCCGAAGUUGGGUUUUGUCAGUUCUUUGAGCGGAUGCCGAAGGUGGCAACGGGUACGAUCCGACUCUUCGACCGAGGGGAUUUCUUUUCCGUUCAUGGGGAGGAUGCCAAAUACGUCGCGCAGCAUGUCUACCACACGAACACGGUGAUCAAGUACUUCGGAAAGAAGUCUGGGGGCCUACCGAGCGUCACGCUCUCCCAGACGCUUGCGAAGGUGUUUUUGAGAGAGGCGUUGACGGCGAAGCAAUUGAGAGUGGAGAUUUGGCAGGGAGAGGGUGGGAAGAAAAACAUGAAUUUCAAGCUGGCUAAACAAGCUUCCCCGGGAAACCUCCAGGCUGUGGAGGAGUUGUUGUUUGCUGAUCGCGAUAUCUUGUCCUCGCCAAUCGUGAUGGCUAUCAAGCUUGCGACACAAGACGGUGCAAGGAUGGUGGGCGUUGCUUACGCAGACGCAUCAAUACGUGAGAUUGGGGUGUCCCAGUUUCCGGACAACGAUCUUUUCUCUAAUAUCGAGUCACUUGUCAUCCAACUUGGCGUCAAGGAGUGCUUGAUCCAGAGCGACGAGAAGCGGCACGACCUAGAUCUAGCCAAGCUGAGGGGUGUGCUAGAGCGGUGCAAUGUGGUCCUUACCGAAAGGCGGACAAACGAGUUCGCCGUACGCAACGUGGAACAGGAUCUCCGGCGUAUCCUCAAGGAAGAGACAGCAGCAGUCCAGCUCCCAGAGUUUGAUCUGAAGACUGCCAUGGCCGCUACUUCUGCUCUGCUCUCAUACUUAUCUCUCCUCAUGGACGAAUCUAACUACGGCCAAUACACACUGCGACACCACGACCUCUCCCAGUAUAUGCGCCUGGACGCCUCCGCACUCCGGGCACUAAACCUCAUGCCCGGCCCACAGGACGGAGCAGCGAACAAGAAUGCGAGCGUAUUUGGACUACUGAAUCGGUGCAAGACGAGUCAGGGAACGAGGUUGCUUGGUUCUUGGCUCAAACAGCCUUUAGUAAACCUGCAUGCGAUUAAAAGGAGGCAGGAUCUGGUCGAGGCGAUGGUGGAAGAUUCUAAUACCAGGAGGACGCUCCAGGAUGAUUAUAUCAAAUCCAUGCCGGAUAUGCGUAGGAUUAGCAAACGAUUCCAGAAAGGCAACGCGAAUCUCGAAGAUGUCGUUCGGGUAUACCAGGCUAUCCUGAAGCUUCCCGGUCUGAUCGAGACCUUGGAAGGUAUUGAAACUGGGAAUGACGAGCAUAAGGAGCUUGUGACUGAUCAAUGGGUGAAUAACCUCAAGGAAUACCUCAGCAGUCUCACAAAGAUGGAAGAGAUGGUAGUGCACACACUCGACCUCGAGGAGCUACAAAACCACAACUACGCCAUCAAACCGGACUUCGACGACGACCUGAAACACAUCUCGGAGGAGAUCUGCGUAGUCCGUGACAAGCUCGAUGCGGAGCAUCGGCGUGUAUCUGGGGAGCUGGAUAUGGACAUGGACAAGAAGCUGCAUUUGGAGAACAACUCUGUCUAUGGGUACUGCCUGCGGUUGUCUAAAAACGACUCGAAAGCGAUUCAUAAUGUUCGUGGCUAUAUCGAGCUCUCGACACAGAAAGCCGGGGUGUACUUUACGACCAAGCACAUGAAGGAGGCUAGUACAGACUAUGCAGAGCUGAUAGAGAAAUACGAGAGGAUGCAGAGUGGGCUGGUGAAAGAGGUGGUGAAUAUUGCGUCGACAUAUACGCCGGUUCUGGAGAUGCUGGACAACCUGAUCGCGCAUAUGGAUGUGAUACUGAGCUUCGCACAUGUCUCGGUCAACGCUCCGAUCCCCUAUGUCAAACCGACGAUGUCAGAGAAAGGAACUGGGAACGUCGUUGUUAAGGAAGCGCGUCAUCCUUGUCUAGAGGUGCAGGACGAGGUCAACUUUAUACCUAACGACCACGAGAUGAUUAAAGGGAUGAGCGAGUUCCAGAUCAUCACAGGACCAAACAUGGGCGGUAAAUCCACGUACAUUCGACAGAUUGGCGUCAUCGCACUGAUGGCUCAGACGGGAUGCUUUGUGCCCUGUGCUGAAGCCGAACUGCCGGUCUUUGACUCUAUCCUUGCCCGAGUCGGAGCUGGCGACAGUCAACUGAAAGGUGUUUCAACUUUCAUGGCUGAAAUGCUAGAGACCGCAACGAUAUUGAAGUCCGCUACGAAAGACUCGCUGAUCAUCAUCGAUGAGCUUGGCCGUGGGACAUCCACAUACGACGGGUUCGGUCUAGCCUGGGCCAUCUCCGAGAACAUCGCAACCCAGAUCCACGCUUUCUGUUUGUUCGCGACCCAUUUCCACGAGCUGACCGCUUUGGCACAAGAAGUCUCACAUGUGAAGAACUUGCAUGUGGUCGCACAUGUCACUCAGCGCGGAUCCUCCAACCACGAUCGGGACAUCACCUUGCUGUACAAAGUUGAGCCUGGUAUAUGCGACCAAAGUUUUGGGAUACAUGUUGCCGAACUGGCCAACUUCCCCGAGAGUGUGGUCAAGCUUGCAAAACGAAAAGCUGACGAGUUGGAAGACUUCACCAGUGCUGGCGAGCCCGUUUCAACAAUCUCCAAAGAGCAGAUAGACGAGGGCACGCAACUCAUCAAAGAGUUCUAUGUGGCGCUCAGGGAGCGACAGGAACAGAACGGAGAGCAUGUCGCUAUGGAGGAACGAUCGCCUGAUGAACAGAUGGUCAUCCUGAGGGAGACGGUGGAGACGUUCAAGUCCCGGUUUGAGGCGAAUGAGUGGACGAGGAGUAUUAUUGAGGCUCUUUAG